AUGGCGGUCAUUACAUCUGAUGGGGAGUACUCGUAUGGACUUCACCAAUUGCAAAAAGUCAAGGUAUGGAACCAUGCAGCGAAACCCGGCGAAGUUUACGUCUAUAUACACGGGGGAGCAUGGAGAGAUCCCAAUAAUACAUUCAAUGAAAUUGAACCUGUGGCGCGAAUGAACCGCAACCGCACCUUCAUUGGGAUCAACUAUAGAUUAUCUCCAGAAGUCAAGCAUCCGCUGCAUGUGAAGGACAUUUACGAGGCUCUAAAGUUUAUUCAUCAGGAAUUUGAUGGUCCACAAAUGCACGGGUUUGGGUAUUCCGUCGGGGCGACGAUGAUCUUGCAAUUGGUUCAAUUCUCGUCAGUUCUCAACAAUGAGCCAGAAGUGGGGUUGUAUUUCAAGAGCAUCAAAUUACUAGAUGGGAUAUACGAUGUCAAAUCGUUGCUUCAGGAAUACCCCUCGUACGCGUCGUUUGUGGUUGAGGCGUACUCGAGUCUUGAGUCGGCCAAGGAUAGUAUCAGCUUGCAGAUCAGCAAGGGAACAAAAGAACAGCUCUUCCGCGACAGGAUAAUAGACUCAAAUACAAAGAUAUACGUGUGCCAAUCGUUGGAAGAUGACUUGUUGUCCAUGAACCAGACCGUCUUGUUGAUGGACUUUUUCAAGCUGUUGGAUACUGAAGUUGAGUUGGUCACGGGCAACUGGGGCAAACACGAUGACAUAUACGGCUCUCAUCGAAAUCAAGUCCUCAUGCACGGAUUGGAAUGA